AUGUGGAAACACUAUUCAAGACGAAAGACAAUUGGUGUUAUUCUUGUUCUUAUUAUGGCCUUGAUGGGUUCAGACUUACCCACAGUUUCCUCAACUAGAGAAAGGAAUUGCAAAGAGUUUUGUGGGGACACUCUUCUCCCAUACCCAUUUUAUACUAAGUCCAGGUCUUGUGGUAGAGAUGGGUUCAAACUUGAAUGCUACAACAAUUCAACUCUGAAGAUUGAAUUGGGCAAGAUUCUCUACCAUGUGACCUCCAUUCUGCCAAAUGGUAUUAUUGUUGAUAUCAUGAAUUCUAAUUGCUUCCCGAACCUAGAAAGCUUCAGGAUUGAUGGCAAGCAUAACUACGCAAUUUCUAAAGAUAACUUUAUCCAGUUUUCCAGUUGCAAGAAUAGAACAACUUGCAAGUUACCGGAUUGCAACCUUCCUUAUGCGAAUGUUAUACAAUGCAAAGUUGUGAAUCCCUGCUGCUUCUCUCUUGUAUAUGACAAGACAUGGGAACCCGGAGUGACUAACUUUGACCGAUUCUCUGAAUGGCAAUGCUCGAAAUUCAUUAGCUGGGGAUUUCCAGGGGGAACAAAUUACACUUCAAUAACAGGGCUAAAACUGGAAUGGGGUAUCGCCGGGAACUGCACGAGUUUUCAAUGUGAUGCAAAUGCACGUUGUGAAGCAGCCAGAGAUGUGAAAGCUGGUGUGAGGUGUACUUGUAACGUUGGUUACGAAGGAAAUGGGUAUAUUGAAGGCAAUGGAUGCGUUAAAGUAUGCACAAGGGAUGGUAAGAAGCUAUAUGAUAAGGACUGCGUGGAUUGGAUCAGAAGCAAUAAAAAAAUCCUUGAGGCUGAGCUGGCGGCUGCAGCAGUAUUGGCUGUAGGAAUCAUGGUCUUCGUAGCACUAAUAAUCUGGAUGAAGAGAAAUACCCCAGCUUGGAAGCUGGGGUGGAGUUACAAAAGCCAAUGGGCAGGUCUCCUCGCCAACCUGGAUGAGAAAUUCAACACGGAGCUCUUUAGCUAUAAAACCUUGUACCAGGCCACGAAUGGCUUUGCAGACUCACAAAAGUGUGGCCAUGGCUCUGUCUAUGCUGGUUGUCUCAUAGACGGUCGCCAUGUGGCAGUGAAGCGCAUGCACUGUUGCUCUACUUCUUCACAGCAGGGGCGCCUCCAACUCCUGAAUGAGAUCAGCCUUAUUUCCAGCAUAGAGCACCCCAACCUGGUUCGCCUGUUGGGCUGCUGCCUCGAGUUGGAAGACCCAAUUCUAGUAUAUGAGUUUGUGCCCAAUGGAACCGUAGCUCAGCAACUUCACCGGGAGCACGGGGAUUCUCUCGUACUGUUCGACUGGAGAAGCCGAUGUGCUAUUGCUGCAGAUGCUGCUGGAGCCCUCGCCUACCUGCACAACAACCUGAAAGCACCUGUCUACCACCGAAACAUCAAGUCUUCCAACAUACUUUUGGACUCUGCCUUCGAGUGCAAGAUUGGGGACUUCGGCCUCUCCAGGUCAGUGAUCUUUGAUGGUGGAACUCCCAUCUCUACCACACCCCAAGAAACCCUUGGUUACCUUGAUCCAGAGUGUCUUCAGACCCACCACUUCUGUGAUAAGUCAGACGUGUAUAGCUUUGGUGUUGUGUUAUUUGAAAUCAUCACUGGUAUGAAAGCUGUGGACUUAUCAAGAGAGAGAAAAGACAUCAAUAUUGCCACAUUGGCAGUUGCCAAGAUCAAGGCUGACUCCUUUGAUGACAUCAUCGACCCUUCUUUACAGGUCACUCACCAACCACGUGUACGAGCAAUGGUGCAAAGGGUUGCCAAGCUAGCAUUCAAGUGCUUAGAAUAUGAGAAGGAAAAUCGACCAACCAUGAGAGAGGUGGCAAGUGAACUCUUGGCAAUUCAUAGAGAGAACGAUGUGGAGUUUGAAGGCAAUAAAAGCCCUAACAAGUUUGCAUUUUAA